UGUGACCGAAAUGAACCAAUGAUAUGUCAUGUACGCUAUUUCUUGUUUUAGUCGAUUGGUUUCUUUCUUUACUAAUAUAAUCAUAGAUUAUACCAAAUAAUAAAGAACUAAAAGAAAGAUUGGCUGCUGGUUAUGUAUAAUCUUUGUUAUCUGUGUAUUGUGUUAUGGGUGUAUGUUAUCUAUGAAUGUAAUUUGCAAUUUUCACGUUGCAUAAUUUCAUCAUUUUUAAUUCCGUGAAGUACAUUUAGUAAAUUCUAAAGUUGACCGGUUUCCUUUUUAUUGAACUUCUUUAGUCAUCAUGUUAAUGUCACAAAGGAUUGGAUCAUUGAUUCGAGUUGCCGGUGCUUCUCGCCAGAAGCAUACUUUGCCAGAGCUUCCGUACGAGUACAAUGCACUGGAGCCGGUCAUUAGCCGUGAAAUCAUGAGUCUUCAUCACAGCAAACAUCACGCGACUUAUAUCAACAAUCUAAACGUUGCUGAAGAGAAACUCGCACAGGCACAAGCUAAAGCAGCAGAUACAAACACUAUUCUAAAUUUGUUGAGUGCGAUCAAAUUCAAUGGCGGAGGGCAUAUAAAUCACUCAAUAUUCUGGUUGAAUCUCACUCCGUGUAAGACAGUACCCUCCUGUCCAUUUUCACAAGCUGUUGAAAAAGACUUUGGAUCCUGGGAUAACUUAAAGAAUCAACUGUCGACAGCUUCUGUGGCAGUACAGGGCUCAGGCUGGGGUUGGCUUGGCUACAACAAACAAAUGAAGAAAUUGCAAAUAGCUACAUGCCAGAACCAGGAUCCUCUGCAGGCCACCACUGGAUUGGUCCCGCUCUUCGGAAUCGAUGUAUGGGAGCACGCGUACUAUCUUCAGUACAAGAACGUUCGUGCCGACUACGUGAAAGCUAUUUUCGAUGUAGCCAACUGGAAUGAUAUAUCUCAGAGAUAUGAAAAAGCGCUCAAGUGAAUAAUUUCAAAAAAAUCGGUUAAACCAAUUUAGUUAUUUAUAAACGCUUUAAGACAACACAUGGUGAAUCUUUGUUAGAACAAGAGAAUUAGUUAUGUGAUGCGAAAUUAAAUUUAUUAAAAUUCCUUAUUUAUAAA